AUGCGGUGGUGGACAAUAAAUGAAUUUGUGGACGCCAGAGAUCUGAACAUGGGAGCCUGGUUUGAGGCGAAGGUCGUCAACGUCACCAAGACGACCAAGAGCUCAGCCGAGGGAGACGAACAGACUGAGGCGGCGGAGGAGGAGAUCCGCUACCAUGUCACAUACGAGGACUACCCAGACUACGGGGUGGUGGAGAUGGCAGGUAAGGACGUGCGGCCGCGGGCAAGGACGGUCUACCAGUGGCACCAGCUGGAGGAGGGCAUGGUGGUGAUGCUCAACUACAACCCUGACGAGCCCAAGGACCGCGGCUACUGGUACGACGCACAGAUCCAGAGGAAGAAGGAGACGCGCACACAGAGGGAGAUCUACGCCAAGAUACUGCUCGGGGAAGCUGGGGACUCUCUGAACGACUGCCGCAUCAUGUUUGUGACGGAAAUCUACAAGAUCGAGGAAGCGGGCAGCAAGGGUGGAGCAGAACCGGGAUCUGAGAGCCCGCUCAAGAGGUCCAACGGGCCAGAGUGUAAGCACUGUAAGGAUAACCCCAGCAAGAACUGCCGCUGGUGUAACUGCCACGUGUGCGGCGUGAAGCAGGACCCGGACAAGCAGCUGCUGUGUGACGAGUGUGACAUGGCGUUCCACACGUACUGCCUCAACCCUCCGCUGGAGAGCAUCCCUGAAGACGAGGACUGGUACUGCCCAGACUGCAGGAACGAUGUAAAUGAGGUGGUGUUGGCCGGAGAGAAACUGAAGGAGAGCAAGAAGAAGUCCAAGAUGGCGUCCGCUAACUCCUCCAGCCAGAGGGACUGGGGCAAGGGCAUGGCGUGUGUGGGGCGCACCAAGCAGUGUACCAUCGUACCCUCCAACCACUACGGGCGAGUGCCAGGGGUGCCCGUCGGAACCCAGUGGAAGUUCCGUGUACAGGUCAGCGAGUCAGGCGUGCAUAGACCCCAUGUGGCCGGGAUCCACGGGAGGAGCAACGACGGCGCCUACUCUCUGGUGCUCGCCGGCGGCUACGAGGACGACAAGGAUGAUGGAAAUGAGUUUACGUACACAGGCUCUGGGGGGCGGGAUCUGUCUGGGAAUAAGAGAACAGCUGAGCAGUCAUGUGACCAGAAACUGACCAAUAUGAACAGGGCGUUGGCGCUGAACUGUAACGCUCCGGUGAAUGAGAAGAACGGUGCGGAGGCGAAGGACUGGAAGGCGGGCAAACCUGUGCGAGUGGUGCGCAGCUGCAAGGGCCGCAAGCACAGCAAGUUCAGCCCCGAAGACGGCAACCGCUACGACGGCAUCUACAAGGUGCAGAAGUACUGGCCGGAGAAGGGCAAGUCGGGCUUCCUGGUGUGGCGCUACCUGCUGAAGCGGGAUGAUGAUGAGCCCGCCCCCUGGACCAGAGAUGGGAAGGAGCGCGUCAAGAAGCUCGGCCUCACCAUGCAGUACCCUGAUGGCUACCUGGAGGCGGUUGCAGCCAAGGAGAAGGAGAAGGAGAAUAAGGCCAUGGAGCUGGAGGAGGAGCCAGAGACGCCCAGCAAGGGCAAGAGGAAGAGGAAGUCCCAGAAGAUGGAUGCAGAGGAGAAGUCGUCCCCAACGAAGAGCCCGUCUAAGAAGAUGAAGGUGGAGGCGUACAAGCUUAGCCGCGAACAGAAGGCGCUCAUCAAGGAGGACGAGCUCAACAAGAAGCUCUGGGACGAGGCCAUGCAGUCCCUCAGUCUGGGGCCGAAAUUCCUGAAUAAGGUAGAGGAGGUGUUCCUGUGCAUCUGCUGCCAGGAAGUGGUCUUCCAGCCAGUCACCACAGAGUGCCAACAUAAUGUCUGCAGGGAAUGCCUCCAGAGGUCCUUUAAGGCCGAAGUGUACACGUGCCCAGCGUGCCGACACGACCUGGGCAAGAACCACCAGAUGAGCGUCAACAAGUCCCUCCAGGCCGUUCUCACCCAGCUGUUCCCCGGGUACAGCAGUGGCCGAUGAUGCCCGCCCCGCCGCACCGGCACCGCAACACGAACUCUGAGGGCGACCGCCGAUCUCAGUCACUCAUCGCAACGCCACCUCUGUUCCUCUGAUGUAUUUAAAAUGUAAUGACUUUUAAAUCUGGGAGCAGGAGCCGAUGAAAUGCAAUCAGUUUGUGUCUCCGCUGCCUUCAUUUAGCCAGUCAUGUUCAGUAGAGCCCUACACACACACACACACACACACACACCUCGCACUGCCUUCAUUUAGCCAGUCAUGUUCAGUAGAGCCCGACAGCCACAGGGUGAAGCGCUAGCUCUCAUGCCUGGAACAUACCCCCCUACACAAACACACACACACACAACACCGGUGACCAUGGACUGAGAUUUAAUGUGUUUUAUAAAUGGCUGAUGUUUUGUGUAGGAAAUCAGGUCCUUAGUGUCAGCAGUCCACAUCACUGCUGCCCUCAAAUGUCUAGAAUGCUGUACAGUCACACACACACACACACACACACACACACACUCAGGGUGUGCCCAGUUGUAUGAAAUUUGUAGAAAGCAGCUGACCUGAGUUGAAUCCCGUUUGCCCCAGUCCCCUUUGAAGCAGAUUAGAUGAGUUUGCCAUUUCAGUAGCUAUUCUGCCUUUGGGUCGAAAUAAAUGUACACACAGCUCUAAGGUAGGCACAGCCCCUUUCUCGUGUGUGUGUGUGUGUGUGUGUGUGUGCGCGCGCGCGCGUGUGCCUGUCUGUGCGUGUAUGAGUGAGGGAGGUCCGAUUCACCAUGCUGUAUUGACAAUGCUGUGCUUACCUGGACCUCGUGUCCCAGAGUUAACCGUGAGCCCGUUAUAGUAGGAAACACAAGCCGCCCCUCCACUCCGCAAACUUAAUUGCCCUCCCCACCCUGUUGAUUUGAUGUUUAGCUUUAACAUUCCUCUAAGUUACUAUCAUACACUUUACUUUUAUACGCUAUUGGCGCGGUAUAUAAAUCCGUCAUACCUACUUGCUUUUUGAUGUGAUGGAUGUAAUCGCCAGUUUGUAAAUGUAGCCAAGUAAUAUUCCCUCAUAUAUUUGGUUUGUUGUAGCGUUUAAUCCAAAUAUAGUUGCCAUAUGAUUGGAAGAUUGAGAACACCCAAAGAUCCCACUUUGCCUUAACACCGUUCCCAUAGAAACGAUUUUAAGCUGAACCUGUGAGAUGACCAGAUGCGUCUUGGUCCACAUACUUUCCCCGUUACCCUCCCAGUCUUAGCUGAGAAAGCAAAGAGUCAUUUUCUUUCAUUAAAAUCCAGUUAAUUUUGAUUCAGUUUCCAUUUUUAUAAUUGCUUGAGGCUGCAGCUGUUUCCUCUAGAUUUUACCUCAGCGGUUUCUAUUAAUAUUUUAUAGACUGAAUGUAUAUUCUGAAAUUGUUUAUAUUUUAGCACUUGUCCUUAAGUUGUUUUUCCCCUCUCUAGAUGUAGGCUUAUAGCGGUCUCUUGGACACGUUUUAAGUGCAGAUUUUCAAUAAAUUCUUAUUGACCUUUUUUCUAA